UUUCUUGCGUGUUCAGUCACCAUAUUGUGCCAGCUCAAUAUUUUUAACUUAAAAGCAUUAGCACGGAUCUGUCCUCGAUGAAACCAACGUCAGACUGCCUAUUCCGGUUAUAGUACUCCAGUUUGGUUUCCCUGGAGCGUGUAUUCUGACCUGACUCCAAUGUGCACCUAAGUCGACCAUCGUUACCGACGAUGUCUUGGAAAGACCCGAGUUCUCAUUAUUAUAAAAAACAAGCAACGAUAGACCUCCAGCUUCGAAUUACUGGAAAUCAGAUGAGGCUCUCACCCAGUCGUAUUCCAGUAAUCCAGAGAUAUUCCACAGACCAUCCACGUUCUCAACGACAUUACCAGCCGGACGUGCAUCCUUCCUCGAGAGCAAUGAGGUUUAAAAUGAAAGCCUCAGCACAAAGCCUAAUAUGUGAUUUCAACAAUUCAGAGAACACUUUCUUGACGAGCAACACGAACCAGGAAGAAUACCGACCUUAUACCAACCUUAACAUCAAAGAUAACAAAGUCGUCACUGAAGGAAAAACCUCAAACGCUGAAAAUUGGUGGCUAUUCCCUCCAUCAGAACGUUCAAAAUGUCCCUUCUCACCAUGGUGCGAGAUCCGAGAAACAACCAUCAUCUCUUGAACAGAAGCGAGCAUGUUUCGAAGAAAAUUGUUCAAAAAAAUGUUUAAAGUCAAUAGAAGUAAAAGCAACUCUUCAGGAUUAUAGGGUAUUACCAAAAUACGAUGGAAACGAUCAAAAGCAAGAAUCUUACAGAGAUUUCCAAGACACUUUGGUAAUGAAAGUACACACACUUCAGAUAGAGGACAUCCAUCCAGCCAUUGCCAUCUCAAUCGACACUGCUGAAUGUCCACCCGUGAUUAGAGAUCUUAACCAAUGUUCACCCAUUAUCACCGACACUCAGACUCAACCAUCAGAUUGUGACUUAUUAAAUGACCUUCAGACAUCAAAGAAAAAUUCGCCCGAUAUGUCUCGUGAUGCUAGUUUUAAGUCGUUAGCUGCUCUCAGCAUUCCUGAAAUCGACGUCAAGAACGAAAAAAAACGACCACCUCUACCAGGUUCAGAAUGUACAACUAUGCAAUGGAUGACGUGUUAAUUUGUUAUUUGUUUUCAGAUAAAACAUAUUUAAACCCUCAAAUACUAUAUAGAUGUGGCAACUAUUGUAACAUUUUUCGUAUUCUCGUGUCUUCGCGUUGUUAUAUGUCGAAGGGUCUAAUGUAGAAGUGUUCGUCUUUAUGACUUUGGAAAAAUAAAGCAAAUUUUCUAUA